CAUAUCUUGUGCAUCUAUAAAGUUUGGUUGUUUCUUUAAACAGGCAUACACUCACACCGAUUUCCUCCCGAAAGUAAAUUUUAAUGCUCACUACCUCUUUUCACACUUAGUUCCAGAUGUGACCACAGACUUUUUACUUCCUCUAUACAGUCUGAAGACACCCUUCAACCCUUUUCGUCUUUGAAUCAUUACAGUGUCUUCCUUCAUGAUCAGAGAUAAGUCCAGCGAUAAGUACGUUUGUGCCCACCUCAUGCUUACGGACUCCUUCACUUUGUCUCUCGCUUGGUUCACUAUCAGAUUAUUUAACCACCCUACAGCAUGGGACGAGCGACCACCUUUUACUUCACCCUCCUCUACCUCCACCUCCUCUCCAUCUGCUGGUGUCAGAGGUCAAACCCAGACAGCGAGAGGUUGUCCUGCGAUCGGUGUGACCGACGGCUGUCCUGUAACUGCUCCUAUGGCGGAUUCACCAGUGUUCCCACGGUAACAGACCGUGCCCUGACUCUGGAUCUCUCCUUCAACGAGAUCGCCAUGGUGACUGAGGAUGAUCUGAAAAGCCACAGACACCUGAAGGCUCUGAAUCUCCACGGUAACAAGCUAGCUGUGAUCCACCCAUCAGCGUUCGACUCUCUGUGGAGCCUGGAGGAGCUCGAUCUGUCCAACAAUCAGCUGACUGCUCUCAAACAGAAAUGGUUUAGAAAGCUAGGAGCUCUGCAGCACCUCAACCUGCUCAACAACCCAUAUCGCUGCCUGGGUUCUCCUGCACCAUUUCAGACACUGGUCAGGCUGAGGAGGCUCAGGUUUGGAGGUCCUGCUCUGGAGGAGCUAAAGAGAGAAGAUCUGUAUGGAGUCACCCAGCUGGAGGAACUCACUGUGCAUGGGAACAACUUGAGCCGGUACGAGCCCGGUACUCUAGCAGACGUCUGGCCGUUGGGUCGUGUCACUUUAAGCCUCCGAAGUGCAUUUUUAACAAAUACAGCCUUAGCUAGGGCUGUGCUCGAAGAUGUGUCGUACCCCGAGACACCUAUCAUUCUUGAAGACCUCCAUCUGAUUGGGAAUGAGUCUGUACAGCCCCUCACAGCAGCUGCCAAGAGAAGAAUCAGGCAAAUAAGCUUAAAAAACGUUUCUGUGUCCGAUGAAGCCAUUGUUAGCUUUCUGAUGGUGUUUAAUGGAGUGCCACUCACCUCCUUUUGGUUGGACGGCGUCACCCUGACAGGAGAGGGCAGGUGGGCAGAAGCCAAAUGGACGGAUCAGAAAAGCAUUGACGAGUUCUUCUUACGAAACAUUGUGGUGCUGGACGUCUGGAAGUUUGUCUCACUUCUGGAGCUGGGAUUUCUGCUGCAUUAUCCCAGGAAGGUGUCUGUCAUAAACGGCAGGGUGUUUGUGAUGCCCUGUCCCACAUCCCGCCUGCUAGUGAACCUGCAGUACCUGGACCUGUCCGACAACCUGCUGACUGAAAUGACGCUGUCUGAGUCACUGUGUGACGGACAUGGCACGCUGAAGGACCUCCGGGUAUUAAACGUCAGUGGAAACGCUCUGAAGUCUUUGUCGACGAUCAGCCGUCUAGUGGCAGAGCUCUCCAAACUCACCCACCUGGACAUUAGCAGGAAUGCAUACAGCUCCAUGCCCCGAGCUUGCUCCUGGCCCUCCACCCUCCGAUACCUCAACAUCUCUGGGGCUAAACUUGAAACCAUCACGCCCUGUCUAGCCACAACUCUGGAGGUGUUGGAUCUGAGUAACAAUGAUCUCAAAAGCUUCAGCCUGUUCCUGCCUGCUCUGAGAGAACUCUACCUCUCUGGGAACAAGAUUCAGAGUCUGCCUUCUGGAUGGCUGCUUCCAAAUCUGCAAAUACUGACAAUACAGUCAAACACCUUGAACAUGUUUGGCCGCUCAGACCUCCAGUCAUACGAACGACUCCAGAACUUACAGGCGGGUCAGAACAAAUUCGUCUGCUCCUGUGAAUUUGUUGCUUUCCUCCAGUCGGACAUUAAAGGUGGAGAUGUGCAGUUAACAGAUGGCGAGGAGAGCUACAUCUGCGACUCUCCUCUCUACCUGCAGGAGGAACCAGUGGGUCAAGUUUAUCUCUCUGUUGUGGACUGCCACCGGGUUUUGUUUGUGUCUGUGAGCUGUGGGCUGGCACUAUUUGUUGCUAUUCUGUUGUGUAUCCUGCUGUGGCGCCUCCACGUGUUGUGGUACUUAAAGAUGACGUGGGCAUGGCUCAAGGCCAAACGUAACUCGCGGCGAAGGCAGAGAUGCAGAGAGAGAGAGGGCCUGGAGUCAUUACUCUCCUUUGAUGCCUUUGUGUCCUACAGUGAGCAGGAUGCUUGCUGGGUGGACAACUUUUUGGUACCUGAGCUGGAAGAGCCAAGGGACAAUGAUGAAGAGUCUGUGAAUCACCGGCCUUUGACUCUGUGCCUCCACAAGCGGGACUUCCUUCCCGGACACUGGAUUUUGGACAACAUCAUGAGCGCCAUGGAACGCAGCCGGCGAACCGUCUUCGUCCUCUCUGAGAAUUUCGUCCAGUCCGACUGGUGCCGCUACGAGCUGGACUUCUCCCACUUCUGGCUCUUCGAUCGGAAUGCUGGCGGAGAGGUGAUCUUGAUCCUCCUGGAACCGCUGUCCAAGGACGACAUCCCCAAACGCUUCUGCAAGCUGCACAAACUCAUGAGCUCCACCACCUACUUGGAGUGGCCUCAGGAGGAGGAGAAGAUUGGGGAGUUCUGGAGGAGUCUCCGCAAGGCUUUGAGAGGAGAAGAGGAGGACUACUGAGAGGGAAAGACAAAAAGAUGAUAGAGUGAGCACACAAGGACAUGCAAGAUAAGAAAAAAUUAAAAUUUAAUACAUUCAAUAUUUGUUACUUUCAAAGAAAAUGAUUCAGCUGCACAACAGUUCAUCAUUUGUAAUAAUCCUAAUCCUUUUUUACUUUGUCUAUAAUAUGUAUAUGUAAUAAAGAAUUUCAAAUGUA